AUGGCGGAAUCUGUCGAUAAAGAUGCUCUGAAGCAAUUCGGUGAAGAAAUUUUAGGCAAGAUGGCAGAGAUGGUGAAGGAAAUCGGAGCUGAAAAGAAGAAAAAGGAGAGAGAGGCAGAGGAUGAGAAGCCACCGAAAGUUUCGUCGAAAGGCAUUCAGAAGAACUUGGAUUUCAAUUUCAAAAUCCGAAAUAUUUUGACGAAGGCGACAGCCAACGGAGAGUUGGAGGAGGCAGUUAAGGAAGUUCAAAACUUACUGAAGGCAAGAAACGGAGAGCUGCUGCUUCUGGAUUCCGAUCCAAGUCUUCUGCAGACGAAGGAUAAGUUAGACGCCUUGAAGGCCAUCGCUGGAGUCGAUUCUGAAAGCUCGACGACGCAAUCUGACAUGACUUUAAUCCUUCUCCUCUUUAAUCUUGCCGGCAAUAACGGAAACAGAAGCGGAGGAUUCCACGGAGAAAGCAAAAGACGUAGGGCAGAGCCGUACGCGCAGAGACAACCGUGGUUUCGACAUGAGAGCACUUUCCGAGGCCAGGGAAGUGCUCGGCAAUACGGAGGCCAGGGAUUCGGUGGAGGCAGAGGUGGAAAAGGAGGAGUCAAGUGCUUCAAGUGCUCCCAGUAUGGUCACUAUGCCACAGAAUGUGAACAAAGAAGUGUGAUUGAAGAUGGUUUUAAGAUUCAAUUAAACUCAAAUGUAGUGCUACCAGAGCCUCAGGGCUUGAGACCGUCAGUGAUACGGCACAAAGAAUUUUUGGUUGCAGAAAUUGAGAGGCUGGAGGCAGAGGGCGUUUUGACGCGAUCGGACCACCAACCACGAUGUGUGUCUCCGCUGCAUGUUGUAGAGCAAGGUAAGAAAAAGAGAAUGAUUCUCGAUUUGAGUGAGUCGAACGAGAGCCUCGUUCCUCCUCGGUUUAAGCUAGAAAACCUCAAGACUGCCUGGCUAUUUCUAGAAGACGCGCGCUAUGCGGCCACAUUUGAUUUUAAAUCAGGCUAUCAUCAUAUUAAAAUACACAAAGAAUCUCAAGAUCUUUUGAGCUUUACGCUGACAAAUCCCCCUACUGCUCCUUAUUUUUCGUUUAGAGGUUUGCCUUUCGGGUUGUCGACAGCUCCUUGGCUGUUUACUAAAAUCUUCAAAGUUUUAGUUCUAAAAUGGCGGGCAGAGGGGAUAAAAAUCUUUCUAUAUCUGGAUGAUGGAUUAAUUGUGGGCAAGACGGAGAGAGAGGUCGCGAGGGCAGUGAAAAAGAUUUGGCUACCAUUUUAUUUUGGAUACAUUGAUUACGUUCUCAAUGAUUGGCCUCUUCUUGAUAAAAUAUUCGUAUGUAAGGCCAUCGAUAGUGCUUUCAUGAUGGUUGUUGUAAAUUGA